AUGGCCCAAGUUAUCGUCGUCGGUGGUGGUCUCGCAGGUCUUUCGGCCGCUCACACUCUUCUCGAGCGCGGUGCAAACGUUCUGUUACUUGACAAGCAGGGGUUCAUGGGCGGCAAUUCCACCAAGGCAACUUCCGGUAUCAACGGUGCAGGUACCAGAUCCCAGCAGGAGCUCGGCAUUCUGGAUAACGCUAAGAUAUUCUUCGACGACACCAAGGAUUCAGCUCGCGAACUCGCUCGUGAUGACCUCAUCAGAGUACUCACCGGGCGUUCCGGGGACGCGGUCAACUGGCUGCAGGACAAGUUUGGUUUGGAUCUCUCCAAGGUUGCUCGUCUGGGUGGUCACUCUCAACCUCGCACGCACAGAGGAAGCGCUCAGUUCCCUGGCAUGGUCAUGACAUACGCCCAGAUGGAGCGCUUGGAGGACCUGUCUGUGAGCACUCCCGACCGUGUCAAGAUUAAGAAGAAGGCUCGCGUGACCAAGCUCGUCAAGGACGACUCCGGUGCCGUUAUCGGUGUCGAGUACGAGCACAACAAGAAGACCGAGACUGCUUACGGCCCUGUCAUUCUUGCGACUGGUGGUUACGCAGCGGACUUCACUUCAAAUUCGCUGCUGAGGAAGUACCGUCCAGAGUUCUUCGACCUCCCCACAACGAACGGUGAUCACUGUACCGGCGAUGGUCAGAAGAUGGCUAUGGCAAUUGGCGCACACGCGAUCGACCUUGAGAAGGUGCAAGUGCAUCCAACCGGCUUGGUAGAUCCCAAGGACCCAGAAGCGAAGGUUAAGUUCUUGGCUGCUGAGGCGUUGCGUGGUGUUGGUGGUCUACUCCUGGAUAAUCAAGGUCAGCGGUUUGUCGACGAGUUGCAGCAUCGUGACUAUGUCACUGGAAAAAUGUGGGAGAACGGCAAGUUCCCCAUCCGUCUCGUCCUGAACGGUCAAGCAUCUGCCGAUAUUGAGUGGCACUGCAAGCACUAUGUUGGCCGUGGACUUAUGAGGCGCUUCGAGAGCGGUGAGGAAUUGGCGAAGGAGAUGGGCCUUAAGCCUGAGGUCCUCAAGAAGACCUUCGACGAAUACAACAAGGUCGUCCGGUCAAAGAAGGAUCCCUUCGGCAAAAAGUUUUUCGCGUCAGGCGAGUGGAGCAUGAACGAUAUAUUCAACGUCGCGAUCAUGACCCCUGUCCUGCACUACACCAUGGGUGGUCUCGAGAUCGAUUCCGAAUCGCGCGUGGUGGAUACCAACGAAAAGCCGAUUCCGGGUCUCUUUGCAGCGGGAGAGGUCGCUGGUGGCGUGCAUGGCGCGAACCGUCUAGGAGGCAGCUCGUUACUCGGCUGCGUCGUCUUUGGGCGUGUUAGCGGCGACUCGGCUGCAUCAUACCUUCUGCAGGUUCUUGGCCCUCUCGCCGGGAAGGCUGCUGGCCGAUUGGGUGCCGUCGCUGGCCACCUUGGCGCGCCAUCCAGCUCGAACGCCGCCGAGCCUGCGGCUCAGAAGGCGCCUGAGGCUGAGGGUACUCACUCCGCGGGCGGCAAGGCCUUCAGCGCAACGGAGGUUGCCAAACACAACAAGAAAGACGAUGUGUGGGUCAUCAUCGACAACCAGGUGCUCGACGUUACGAACUUCCUGUCCGACCACCCCGGAGGAGAGAAGGCGAUUCUGCUGUACGCAGGUCGUGAUGCGACGGAGGAGUUUAACAUGCUGCACGACCCGAAGGUCAUCCCGCGGUAUGCGCCUGAUGCGGUGAUAGGCACGCUGAAGAAGUAG